AAAGAAGAAGGCGGAGGAGGAGGAGGAGGGUGGGAGUGAUUUUUUUUUUCUUUUUCUUUUUUUUUUUUUUUUUUUUUUUUUAAAUUUCCUUCCCCCCAUCCUCCGCGCGCGUUUUCCGCCAUGAAUCCCAACUGUGCGCGCUGCGGGAAGAUCGUGUACCCCACGGAGAAGGUGAACUGCUUGGAUAAGUUCUGGCACAAGUCAUGUUUCCACUGCGAGACCUGCAAGAUGACCCUGAACAUGAAGAACUACAAGGGCUACGAGAAGAAGCCCUACUGCAACGCACACUACCCCAAGCAAUCCUUCACCAUGGUGGCAGACACGCCCGAGAACCUGCGCCUAAAGCAGCAGAGUGAGCUCCAGAGCCAGAUCCGCUACAAGGAGGAGUUCGAGAAGAACAAGGGGAAGGGCUUCAGCGUGGUGGCCGACACCCCCGAGCUGCAGAGGAUCAAGAAGACUCAGGAUCAGAUCAGCAACAUCAAGUACCACGAGGAGUUCGAGCGCAGCCGGAUGGGCCCCAGCCCCAGCGAGGGCUCGGAGCCCGAGCGCCGCAACUCCCCCGAGAGCGGCGGCUACCGGAGAGCAGAGCAGCAGCAGCAGCAGCAGCACGGCCAGCCCGGAGCCACGGUUUACCACCAGCAGCAGCAGCAGCCGCCUCCAUCGCAGUCCUACGGCUACAAGGAGCCGACUCCGGCCUCCUCACAGCGCAACGCCCCGCCCGGAGGGGGGAAGCGUUUCCGUGCCGUCUAUGACUACAACGCGGCGGACGAGGACGAGGUGUCCUUCCAGGACGGGGACACCAUCAUCAACGUGCAGCAGAUCGAUGACGGCUGGAUGUACGGCACGGUGGAGCGCACGGGGGACACGGGCAUGCUCCCGGCCAACUACGUGGAGGCCAUCUGAGCCCGGGGACACGGCCCUGGCCCUGUCCCCUCCCCGUGUGUGCGGCUCUUGUCCCCUCCCUGCCCGCUCCGCCCUCGGAGCCUGUCCCCGUGUCCCCUCCGGGUCCGGUUUCUCUCGCCGCCUCUGCUCCGUGGUGGCCCCGUGGGGGCUGCGGGGCUGUGCGGGGUGGGGUCAAAGCCCCAGGGCCUUCCUGCUCCUGUCCCCUCUGUCCUCUCUGUCCCUCCUGCCCUGCCCUCCCGGCAGGAGAAGCCUCCAGAGCCACCGGGGUGCCCGGACAGGGAGGGAGAGGCCACCUCAGGACCAAAUUCCCGCUGUGGGGUGAGGCGAGGGGGGCUCAGCCCGAGGGUGGAGCAGCUCCCCCUGCUCAGCUCAUCCCGGCUCCCUGCGCUGCUUCCCCUCCAUCCUCGCUGCCUUGGGUGCCCGGAGCAGGGAAGUUCUCAGCUCAGAUCUCCAGCAGAGCCGCUCUGCUCGGUUCCCUGCUCGGGGCAGCCCUGCACGAGGCUCUGCCUGCUCCGGCCUCGGCCCGGGCUGGCCUGAGCAGGAGCAGCCCUGGGGCUUGUGCUGGCUGGAGGGCUGGGCUGGGGUGAGCCCCCCCGAACUGGGAUCAGCCCCCCCGAACUGGGAUCAGCCCCUCUGAACUGGGAUCAGCUUCCCCCAGACUGGGAUGAGCUCCCCCCUACUGGGGUGAGCCCCCCAGGCUGGGACGAGCCCCCCCAUACUGGAAUCAGCCCCCCUGAACUGGGAUGAGCUCCCCAGGCUGGGACGAGCUCUCCAGACUCGGAUCAAGCCCCCCAGACUGGGAUCAGCCCCCUGGAGCUCCAGCUCGCUCUGGCCUGGGGUCUGGGGGUCCCCUGGGGGAGCCUUUUCCCCCCACCCAGAAUUUUCUUGCUUUUCUCCUCCUGCUGCUGAGUGCUGCCACCCCUCUGGGCACAUCCCAGGUCACUGUCCCCUGGCUGAUGCGACACCCCGAGCCACCCGCACAUCUCACUCCCAGCGCUGGUGGCAGCUUUUUGGGACCACUUUGGGAUCGUGGCGUGGACCAAAACGUCAAAGCACGUCCCUGUCCCUGUCCCCUCUCCCCUGGGCUCCGGAGCUCUGGGGAGGAGCAGGGUCGGGUCAAACUGGAACUGGGCAGGGAGGGAGGAGCAGGAGGGUCCCGGGAGCAGGACCUGGGGACAGCAGGGGUGUC